CUUCUUUUCCCUCAUCCCCCUCUCUCCAUUGUUUCAUUGAAUACCUGAUCACCGCGAAUAUGGUCCUGGAAGCCACCUCCUCGUCGCGCUCGCAACAUUCGAAUUCCGACCCCCCGCCUCCGUAUGAAAAAAGUCGCUUCCAACCCUCAUCCUCGCCGUCUCCUCAACUCACUCUAUGAACUUCCUGGCGGCACCGAGACAACUACCAAAGCAACCUCUGAUAUUACACUCUCUGCCUCCCUCUCGAGCGAUAGUGAUGCCCUCAUCUGUCUUCUUCGCCAGCAAAUGAGACUUCCGCCCCGACCAAUACUGAGCAUCUGUGGAUCACACACCAUGACUACCUACCACGGCAAAGAAGAUGAAAAGAGAACAGUGACUGUCCUUGAUUUUGUUAUUGACCUUGAUCUCGCCGAGACAAUGUUGACAGGAUGGGAGGAGAUGGCACCCUCAGAGGAAAAGGAGUGGGUGCAGGCUGACAUUGUCCGGGAUGGAGAUGACCGGCUCUUGUUUCGUGGGGGGAAUCGUCGAUCACGAAUGCAUAAGCCUCUUCGUGGAGCUGCAGAGGAGACACAUAUGGAUGGUUCCGAUAUCGAUCCUGAUCUGAGGCUGUGGUGCGAGCGGUUCUGUCGAGACCCCUCGUCUGUGAAAUCGUUCACCUUUUAUUGAACACUCAAUGGCUUUAAUGACGCCGCCCUUUCCUGUCGCCUGAAAUCCCAUAUCCGCGCCCUCAACUAUCAGGGUGCUAUAGCUAUAUCUCUCU